AUGGGCAGGGAAUUCUCCAGAAAUGAGAUGAUUAGUGAGAGCAGAGAAGCAACCUGGAGUUCUAGCUCCACAAAUCCCCAGGUCCCAUGUUCUUCCCUGGUGAAGGGGCAGUGGGGAAGAGCUGGCAUACAGAAAUGUGUGCUGUCCUCAGAGGAAGGGGACUCUCAGAGGCCUGGUACUGUGGCACUCCGUGAAAUCAGACGCUAUCAGAAAUCCACUGAACUUCUGGUCCGCAAACUCGCCUUCCAGCGUCUGGUGCGAGAAAUUGCUCAGGACUUCAAAACAGAUCUGCGCUUCCAGAGUGCAGCUAUUGCUGCUUUGCAGGAGGCUUUGGGCUAA